GUUGCUGGGCGGAGUAUGAGAGGGGGAUCUCUUCCGCGUGCUGUGUGAGCCUGCUAACAAAGCCUCAUCCGGUGGAUUUUUUCAGCUACUAUAAUAAAUCCUGUCCAUAUUCAGUUUGUGAGUAAUCUAUUAUUUUCUUUCUCAACUUCUAACAGUUUGAUUUAAGGGGGCUUUGCCCCCGCUUGUCCCAUCGUAGAGCCGGCUCUGGGCAACAGUGAGAAUUAGUUCCAUUACGUUACAUUAGCAGCAGUAAUUGGUAGCAGGAGAACGCAGGGGAAAACUUGAAAGCGGAGAGUUUGUGCUGCUGGACUACAGGGAGCCAGUAGUGUGCAACAGCGAGGCCCGGAUCGGAGACUUAUUGGGGCUACGGGCGCCGGGACGGUGGUCCCCGGCCGCUAAUCAUGCCCAGGUUUGCCGGCGCCGAUCCGAGCUCCCGCGGUGAUGGUGUGAGCCGGGCGGCCGCGGAGCGAGAGCAGAUCUACAGCACAGAGCACCACGGUCGAAAGUGGGUGGUCAGACUUCUGCUCCUCUGCCUUGUACCCCAUCGCCCUGCUGCCUUCGGCACUGACUUAUUUGUAGAUGUUUCUCCUGGAAAGACUGUCACACUGCCCUGCGAUGGACCUGCAGUUAAUGACACCAAUCAAGUGGAGGUGUUGUGGGAGUCUAAAGGCAUGACUGUCUCUUCGUUUAAAAAUGGGACUUUGUGUGAACAUCCUGACUUUGUAAAUCGGACUCAGCUUGGAUCCAUCCAACAGAAUAAUUUCUCUUUGCUCAUUAAUGACGCCAGACUGCAGGAUGCAGGGUGGUAUAAGUGUCUGAUCAAUGGAGCAGUAACGCAGUGGAAUCACCUUUCUGUUGGAGGAGGCCGGAAGCAAAGGGCUGCAGAGACCCCAUCUAAAGAGACUUGUUUGCAAACCAUAUGAAGACAAAGACAAAGAAGUUCCUGAUGAAAACCCUCCAGAGACUCCUUCAAGUGGACACCUAGUAAAGUGGAUUGUUGUGAUUGUUGUGAUUGCUGUGAUUCCUGUGAUUGCUGUGAUUAUGGCAUUUGCUAACAGGCUGCCCGUAAGAGGGAACCAGCUAUGCAUUAGACUGAUGAACCGAGAGGAAUGAAGUGCAGGCCGAUCGGACACCGUCUCCUGGAGAAUUCCCGCUUAAUGAAGUGAUGCUGAAUGAGUCUGACCUGUGACAGUAAUAUUACAUGCAAACCACUGUUACACAGUUCAAGCUGAUGAACCUUGGCAUUAUCGUCCCGGAAUAUGCCCGUGCCGUCAGGAAAGAAAGUCCAUUGAUGAGAACCUGGCCGUUCAGUAGAUUCAGGUGCUCAGCUGACUUCACUUUAUUGCUGUGACUUUUUUUUUGGCCAGCCAGUGUAUGUAAAUACUUGUCCACUGCAUUAAUGUAUUUUGGCUGAACCACUACGUUGCUUUGGUUUAUCGAUAGCUCAUUGAUUCAUUGUCAGCCUGACUUCUUUAUUGCUGUGACUUUUUUUUUUUUUUUGGCCAGUCAUUGUAUAAAAAUACUUGUUCCAGAAAAAUCCAGUGAGACCAGUAGUUUAUACUUGACCUAAAAUUCAUAAACGUUUUGACAAUCCACCAGGCCGCCCGACUGUAUCUGGGAAUCGGUCUAUAACUGAGCCACUUUCUCAGUUUCCUGAUUAUCACGUCUGACGUUUCACAUAAUUUGAAUGAUUUUAAAGUGCAUUCAGUUGUGUUUUUAUGCACAAUGAAUGUAACAAAGUCUCCAUAUGAGUAUUCCACAUGAAGCAGGAUUAAACGCAUUAGAGUUUAGUGAUGGGCUCACCUAUGGUACCCAAUUAUGCCAAUCUGUGUAUGGGUGAACUUGAAGAGGAUUUUAUUUAUUUAGUUUUUUUUUCAAUAUUUAAAGGUGCGGUACCUAUACAUUGAGAUCUUUUUCAUGUGGAGUGGCUCAGAAGACCAUGUGAAGCUGUUCCAUGAUUAUGUUAAUGCUACCUUGCCCUCUAUUCAUUUAGCAUUAAACGUUAAUGAUAAUGUUCUGUCAUUUCUCUAUGUGUUGGUGGAAGAGCAGCAUCCAUGGUGUUUCCACUCGUGUAUGUUGGCUGCAUAUCUGACAAAGCAUUUGUCUGGCAGUUCAGCUUUAACCUGCAGCAGAUGUAUUAUCCUCCUUGUCGUCCGACUGUGUUAUAAAUGUCGUCUUGAUGUGACAUUCGUCUGUGUUGAUUUUAUUGUAGUCCUAUUAUAUCAUUCUCUCUUGUCACUGUAUUUUUUAUUAUUUUUAUUGUUAGUUUUUAUUUUUUAUGGAAUAUUAUGGAAUACCAUGUGAAUGUAAUGAUUAGCACAAUGCUGUAGAGAUGUAACACAAUAAGUGUUUCUGCACCUGAUGUUAGACUAUGUGCCUUAUAUGGGCAGUGGUGGCUUAAUGGUUACACUUGUCAUUGAAAAAGUGCUGCUUCAGAUUCCUGACCAGCAAGGCACCACUGAGGUACCCUGAGCAAGGUACCGCCCCCCCCAACCACUGCUCCCCAGGGCUGAAUUAGCUGCCCCCUGCUAUGUCACAUAUGGGUUAAAUGCAGAGGACACAUUUCGUUGUUGUGUACUGCAUACUGUGGUGUGUCAGCAAUGACCACCGAUCACCAAAUUCAUGAAUAUGUGCCUUAUCGCUGUGUUGAAGGCCAAAGAAUAUAAUUGGUCCUGUAGCUAAGCAACAUGUGGCCAGGUACGACUGCUACUAUUCAUGAUUGAAGAAACACCUGAGAUCUCACAGUAAUUUAGGGCGUCUUGCCUGCGUCUCCAGUCUUAUGUCUGGUUAUGGCUGGUUUUGAUGCUUGAUGCCAAUAUCUUGAUAACACAUAUGACAAGUGUGUAAAAAUCAGUGUAACUGACCAUGGGACACAGUCAUGCAGGGUAUCUGGUUUUGGAUGUAACCUACAUGAAUGUAAUAAAAGACUGACUGUGGAAUUCUACACAAGUGAC